UUCUAUCCAUCCCGGAAGUACUUCCUCCGGGUUUUGGAGAUGUUUUCAAAUCGGUUCACGCGGUUCAGUCCGUACGCUGUUAAUCUAAUACAUGUCUAACAACAAUUUGACCACAUUUGAAUUAUAUUUCUCCUGUUUAAUAUGAUAAAUGCGGAUGAAGUCGCCGAGUUGUGCUACGAGCGUUUCCGCCAGCUGCCCCGGAGAGGGAAGCCCGAGCCGGGCAGAGAGUGGAGCCUGCUGGCCGCUGUGCUCCGGAUCACCCGGAGACCAAACUCCGACUCAGUGGAGAUGGAGGUCGUUUCCUUGGGAACCGGGACUAAGUGUGUCGGAAAGGCAGCCAUGAGUGCCGCUGGUGACGUGCUCAACGACAGCCAUGCUGAAGUCAUCGCCAGAAGAGGCUGCAUCAGGUAUCUGAUCCAGGAGCUUCACGGAGCCGUGAGCGGUCGCCGCAGCUCGCUGUUUCGCCCGGCGGACGGGAGAGGGAAGUGGAGGCUUCAGCCCGGAGUUUCCUUCCUGCUCUUCACCAGUCACACUCCAUGUGGUGACGCGUCCAUCAUCCCCAUGACGGACUCCCAGGCCCAGCCCUGUCCCCCCGUCACAUCUGUGAGCAGCUGUGGCGAGACAGACGGAAGAUGGAACCUGAAAAGGAAAGCCGAGGAACCAGGCGAAGGAGGGAACUUGAAGCUGCCUCGACUCGCAGAGGAAGAUUCAAAAGAAGAAGAAGAAGAAUCCAGGACUAAAUCGCCUGACGGAGUCGCGUCUGUUCCUGCAUCGGCGUCGGAGCUCAAACCAGGAGACUCGACACAGUCGGACGUUCACAGGACGGGCGCCAAGUGUGUGCCGGGCGGCCCGGCCGACCCGCUGCGGCCCGGGGCGGGCUACCACAGCACCGGGGUCCUCCGUGUGAAGCCGGGUCGAGGAGAGCCGACUCUGUCCCUGUCCUGCAGCGACAAACUGGCCCGCUGGGGGGUGCUGGGCUUCCAGGGUGCGCUGCUGUCUCAUUACCUGGAGGAGGCGCUGUACUUCGACACGGUGGUGGUGGGCAAGUGUCCGUACAGCCAGGAAGUCAUGCACAGGGCGCUGGUCACGAGAUGCUCCCGCGUUUCAGAGCUUCCUGCUGGUUUCUCUGUCUGUUCGCCGCUGCUGCUGCAGUCCAGCCUGGAGUUCCCGUUCAGCCAGAACCAAACCGAGCUCCAACACCGGGGCGGACAGGGACGCAUCUCCGCAUGUGGAGCGGCCAUCAGCUGGUGUAAUGUUGCAGAUCAGCCACUAGAUGUCACUGCCAACGGCUACAAACAUGGCGUGACAAAGAAAGUUCUAGGAACACCGAAAGCUAGGUCUCUGCUGUGUAAACUGGAGCUUUUUCACUCGUUCCUGUCUCUCGUAGCGGCCACUGACCCUUCGGCUCUGCCCGACUCACUCAGGUCAGGAGAGCUGCACACCUACUGGGACCACAAGCGGGCCUCCCAGUCGUACCAGCAGGCCUGGCAGCAGCUGCGUCUGCAGGCCUUCCCUCUGUGGCCCCGCAGCGACAGAAACCUCCUCCUGUUUCGCUGAAAGCCCACUCCGCAGCAGGAAUGUCCUCGUCAGGAUCGAUGAAGAACCGGCUUUGUUGCAGCGCAAACCCGGAGGGUCACGUGCUG